GGCAGCCGGCGAGGAGACUCAGCCGCCGGCGGCGCACACAACUAACAGUCGGUCGCUAGUCAUCCGUCCCAGUAGGAUGAUGCGGCCGCGGCCCUUUUCCCCUUUGCUCAUCAAACCACGCCUAGGUAGCCUUUGUGCAAGUGGUAAAACGUCCGGUAUGUUGGUCUCGAUCCCUCCAGUCUAGUUUAUCAACAAAGGAGCAGUAUCCCAAGCGGGCUGGCCCAGAUGGUGAGCAUUCCACAUUGCAGACUGCUGCGGGGCAAGGCAGUCAGCCACAAGGCAUACACGCCGGCUGCCAUUUGAUCUGGUCUUUGGAUGAUGGCAAUAUGAUAAGAAGGCGCCGUUUGUUUUCAAAGAUCAAGUACGGGCGGGCAAUCACCAUCAACGGCCAGCUCCUUCUCCAUCAACAAACAGGCCACCAGUCAUCAGCCACCAACCGUCAACACGCCGUCUGAAGGCUGCCAACAGACCGGCCAAGUCCAAGUCGAAAUCCAUCUGCAAGUGCCAACCCCGAGUGCAAGUCACAGCACAAGGGCCAUUCAUUGCUUGCUUCUUGUCUCCCUUGAGCAGCUCUUUCUAAAUUAGGAGUCACCCUGCGGCCCCAGCCGUCUGCAUCCCUUGUCUCCAAAGUCCUUAUUGUCAACAACCAACCUACAUCGAUACAGCCUCCGGGCCCUUCUUCCUCCCUCACAAAUGUCUGACCUGCUCAUCCACCCGUCCACAAACAGUUCUCGCCAUAGUCGAUUAAGCCGUCGCUCAUCAGCACCUCGCCACAAGCCCAGCCCUGUCGCACCCAGCAUGAGCAGCAACAGGAACAGCUUUCUCGGCUCUAUCAAGGGCUCCAUUAAGGACAAGCUCUCGAGGUCCCCCAGCAACGCCUCGCAGGGCUCUACCAGACAGCCUCGCCAUCAGCCUCAGCCCCAGCCUCAGCCUCGGGGCAACAACCCCUUCUCAAACCCCUUCUCCGCUGCCGCUCCUCCCCCUCAGCCACCUCACAAUGAGCCCCCUCCGGCAUAUACUAGUGUACCCACUGCCGGGCCCAGCACCUAUCCAUCAGCGCCGUCGCCCGCCUAUGCCGCCCGGGACCCAAGCCCCGCGCCCUCUAGGAUUUCCGCUAUCACCGUUACUACCCCAGAGGACCAGUAUGCCUUCCUGAGCUCUUUCGACACCAUCUUCCUCAUCGACGACAGCGGCAGCAUGGUCGGUCGGUCCUGGCGGGAAGUCCAGUCAGCCCUCUCGUCCAUCACCCCCAUCUGUACCGCUCAUGAUGCCGAUGGUGUCGACAUCUACUUUCUGAACCACCGGUCGCCCUACCCCGCCAGCCAGUCACAAGGCAAGCCCCCGGGCGGCUACACCAACGUGAGAGAUGCUGCUGCUGUGGAGCGCAUCUUCACAUCCGUCCGCCCCGGUGGCAUGACGCCCACCGGCACCCGGCUCAACCACAUACUCAAGGCCUACCUUCGCCACUAUGAGGCGGCCGUGGACCGAGCCGGCGGCGACCCGGAUGGCACAGAUGUGAAACCCAUCAAUGUCAUCAUGAUCACUGACGGUGUGCCCUCCGAUGACCCCGAGUCCGUCCUGCUGUCCGUCGCCCAGAAGCUCGACAGGCUGGAGGCCCCGCCACACCAGGUCGGCGUGCAGUUCUUCCAGGUUGGCAAUGAGCCCGGUGCGGCUGAUGCCCUUCGGACCUUGGACGAUGAUCUGGCCGAGAUGGGUGGUGGUGUCCGCGACAUGGUAGACACUGUUACGUUUUCAUCUCGUGGCGAUGCCGGCAGGAACUCAGCCCCAAGUUUGAGCGCAGACGGUAUCCUGAAGGUGGUUCUCGGUGCUGUUGUGAAGCGACUCGACCGUGCUAGGAUCAUGGAUGCGGAGCGGAGAAGUCAGAGGAGCGGCAGAAGCAACAUGCUGCAUCCAUAGGACGGAAGCCAGCAGUUUCUGCAGCCUCCUCAGCAGCAGUUUAGAGGUCAGAGAGGAGCCUACGAUGGCAGUGGGCAACUGCCCCAGCGACCUUCUAAGUGGAGCCCAGGCCUGGAAUAUGGGCGGAAGACUUAGCAAGCGUCUUCUACCCAGCUCCCAUAUGACAGCAGUCCACCGGCUCUUCCUCCUUCUCACACUCGUCCUCCUAUUGAACCGUUCGAAUCGCAUGGGCAACAACCACAGCAAUUUGCUUGGCCUGACAAUCCACAGGGAAGACCAUCUCCCCCGCAGGUGUGGCACCAGCAACAAGAACAAGCUCUCCACCAGAGUCUGUAUGACCGAGAGGAAGAGCAGCGGGCACAGGGCUUCUCUCCUCCACCUAGUGGUAACCUAUGGUGGCAACCAUAGACUUUUGCAUUUUCCCUAGCUCUCAAAUGCUGUCUGGCAAUAGAAGGACACGGCGCCGGACUCCCUGGCAUUGGUGAGGCGUUUUUGGUACGGCGUGAAACAUUCAUUUUUUUCCCUAGGAAGUAACAAGUCCAUUUGAUACCCGUCAGAGACAGGAUCUCUCCUCUCAAAGAAUUAAAUUUUGAAUUCCACAGCACUGAAGCAGCUCUCUCUACACAUCGUGACGAAUGAAACCAGCACAAUGACUGCCUGACAGCUAAAUUGAUUGGCUAGUGGAAUCUGAUAUUAUGCGGUGAUAUGAGCUUGAGAAAGGAUCGGGUCGCUUGGGGGGGGGGGCUUCGCCCAGCAGGGCUCGGAACGCAUGGUUUGAGCCAAGUCAUUCUCGUCGGAUCACCCCAUAGCCCUUUCUACGCACAAGAUGCGGGAUUGGACUUGAGGCGACACAGCCCGUGGCUCCCCAGAUACUUCUGGCAGACAGGCUGUUGCUUCGGAUAUUGCACGCUUGCGGGCCGGAUACGCGAGGGACUUGUGCAUGGCAAUUUUUGAAGACCGUGGGUCCCACAAAGCUCCAGCUCAGGAAACAAUGAUCAAUCCUUCCAAAGUGGAUCAGUUGUAGCCCGCGGAGUAUUCCUACCAAACCAGGGAGGUUGACAUUCGCUCGGGCACUCGAUGCUGACUUGACCAGAGCUUGGAUGACCUGCGAGAGCAGCGGGCUUACACGCGGCUACAUGCGAGCAGGGGACCAAUUCGAACUUCCGUCACACUUCACCUGCUGCAGGUCACCUGGGUCUUGCCAUGACCUGUCAUGUCACCGUAGGAGCCCUAAUCCCUCGGAAUCACUCACCAGUCACCCCCACGGGUCAUGCCAGCCCUCAUUCGCAUGCAGUCUCUCGAUUAGUCGACCCGUUCUUGGCGGCAACGUUGUGUAUCCUGUGGGUGUGUCAAGCACGAAGGUUCUUCCUCGGGACAACUCCGGAACUGGUUAGUCAUGAAGACUCAAGGUAAUUCAAAGAUUUAAUCCUUGGCCAGUAUGAACCCGGAAAUAGUGACACUUUGAGGAGCAUGGAAAAAGCCGCGUUGAGCGGCGGCGAAUAUGUUGUUUCCGAGCUUGGACCACCCGGCCGAAAGACCCCGUUCUGGGCUCCCGAGGUAAGUUUAUUCUAGAAGCGACCCGAAUACCAAUCGCCGA